CGACUGCCUACUCAAACUCAUGCUCCAGGUGUCGGGUGCCAUGAAGUACUUGGAGGACAAGUGCUUUGUGCACCGGGAUCUCGCCGCCCGUAACGUACUGCUAGUGAGCGAGAGGUUCGCCAAAGUCAGUGACUUCGGUAUGUCGAGAGCCCUGUCCAUCGGGAAGGACUACUAUAAGGCGAGGUCGGCCUCCAAAUGGCCGCUCAAAUGGUACGCCCCGGAGUGUAUCUACUACUAUAAGUUCAGCUCCAAGUCCGAUGUCUGGAGCUAUGGGGUGACCCUCUGGGAGGUCAUGUCCAGGGGUGAGAUGCCAUAUCAGGGUAUGGAUGGACAGGACAUACUCCGGAUGUUUAAAGAGUCCAAACGGCUGUCCAAACCGGACAAAUGUCCAGUAAUUAUAUACCAAUUAAUGUGGAAUUGUUGGCACUUUAGACCUGAAGACCGGCUAAACUUCACCCAAAUAUGCGAUCAAUUGAGUCGUUAUCUCCAGACUCGAGAC